AUGUGGAAUGGUAAAAAUCCUAAAAUUCUUCCUAACUCUUUUGCCCAUGUGAUUAGUGGUUCUAACAAGCAUACAAAUGAAAAUUUUCAUUUUAUCCCUAAUAUUUGUGAAAAUGUUGACUCUCCUAUUGAUAUACCCGUUUCGGUUGUUAAAAAAAGUUGUGAAACGUAUGCCAAAACGUUAUGUGGUUACUUUGUUGGUAGAAGGCUCCCCUUCCCGGUUGUCCGUUUUUAUGCCUCUAAAUUAUGGUCGCAAUUUGGGAUUGAAGAUGUUCUUUUAAAUGGCCAUGGCAUUUUUUUGUUUAAGUUCAAUUCCGUUGAUGGGCUUCAAAAAGUUAUUGAUAAUGGGCCGUGGAGUUUUAAAAAUAUUCCUAUUUUUAUUCAAAAGUGGCGGCCAGGGCUCAAUUUAAACUCCAAUUUGCAUGACAAAAUUCCUCUUUGGGUUAGAAUCCAUGAUAUUCCUUAUGAUGCGUGGAAUGAUGAAGGCCUUAGUUAUAUCGCUAGUAAAAUUGGCAUUCCCUUAGCUAUGGACUCUUGGACGGCUAACAUGUGUAAAUAUGCUGCGGGUAAAUCUGCUUUUGCUCGUGUUCUUCUUGAAGUCCCGGUUAGGAAUAAUUGGAUUGAUGAGGUAAAAGUGCGUAUCCCGGACCCUGAUACUUUGUCUACGACUUUAUACUCUUUGAGGGUUGAAUAUGAAUGGAAACCUCCGGUUUGCACACAUUGCCAUAUUUUUGGACAUUCGGAUUCUGUCUGUAUUCAUAUUAUAUCUCAAAGUGAUAGUUCCGUGAAAUCCUCCUCUGAGCAACUCAAUCUUGGUAAGAAGACUUUAGUUGAUAGUGAGGGUUUUCAAACCCGGAUUCACAAGCAAAGCCAAAAGCCGAAGGCAACGACACCCAUUUUGAGGAAGGAAUACAAGAAAAAGGAGACCCGCCCCCCUACAUUGACCGGGAAGCAAGCAAAAGAAAAACUGAAGGAAAAGAUGACGGCCCCCCCUCGUCAAGAAGCUCCGAAGGAUAGAAGACCGAACCCCCCCCAAGGGUUCUCCCCCCCAUUUCCAUCCCCCCCAUGGGAUGACCUUCUGGAUGAGGAUGAAAUGAUCGAGGUUGAGUCGGAUGAUGGCGACACCGCCCGAUUUGUUGCCCGUGAUCUUCCUAUUCCCCAGAGAGCUGUUAGAAAUCUCGUUCGGGAAUCCAAUCUUAAUAUUUGUGCUGCUCUUGAGUCGCGUGCUUCUGUGUCUUCUCUUCCUUCUAUCUGUGAGCGUGUUUUUGGGUCUUGGACCUGGGCUUCUAAUGGCUCCCUUUGCCUUAGAGGAACUCGUAUCAUUGUUGCUUGGAACCCCGUCCAUGUCGACAUGAUGCUUUUAAAUGCUACCGAUCAGGUGAUGCAUUUUCAGGUUAAGAUUCGUGAUUCCUCUAAGAUUCUUUUUCUUUCGGUUGUUUAUGCGGAUAAUUACCAUAUCGCCCGUCGCCAGUUAUGGGCUUCUCUUAAGGGCCAUAAACAUGUCGUUAAGGACACCCCAUGGUUUAUCAUGGGAGAUUUCAAUGUUGCCCUUGACCCUAAGGACAUCUCUUCUGGCAUCUCGGGCCCUAAUCGUGGUAUGGAUGAUUUUCUUCAAUGUGUCCGACACCUUGAGGUGGAGGAUGUCAAUUACAAGGGUCUGUUCUUUACCUGGUCUAAAAACCCCAAUGGUACGGGAGGUCUUCUUAAAAAGAUUGACCGUGUCUUAGGGAAUUCCCAUUCCCUUGCUCACUUCCCUUCGGCUUCUGUCAUAUUUCUUCCCUACCGGUCCUCGGACCAUUGCCCUGCGGUUCUCACCCUUCCCUCCCGGUCCCCUUGGAAGCCUAAACCUUUCAAAUUCCCUAAUUUUCUUACUCAUAAAGAGGCUUUCUUAUCUGUCGUUGCCUCGAGUUGGAGCCCUGACCUGUCUGGUUAUGAGAUGUAUAAGAUUUUCCUAAACCUUAAAAAUCUCAAAGGCCCUAUCCGUAAGCUCCUCAAAGAUCAGGGUAACCUGUUCUCUAAUGUCUCUAGAAUCCGGCUUGAGCUCGACAGGGUCCAGAUUGCCCUUGAUAGGGACCCUGAAAACGUGGACCUCCGAGAGGAGCACU